UUCUCUGUGCAGGUUGACAAUACCAUGGAAUCCACCCCAGAAGGAAGAGACGGUGCUUUAUGGCCAGACACCCCCAAGGGCCCCCUGAGUGCCUACCGAGCACGAGCUUCCUUCAGCUCCAAGGAGCUGCUGCUCUUCUGGGACGGUGAAGAUGUGCUCCAGUUCAAGAAAACCAUCUUCGAGGCUUUGGAGAACGACCCUCUCUUUGCCCGCUCGUGUGGGACUGAUCUGCCUCUAGAGAAGCAGCGGGAACUGAACUUCCUUCGCUGCAAGCGGAUCUUUGAGUAUGGCUUCUUCCACAUGGAUGACCUGUUGAAGGACCCCCUGAAGAUCCCAGCGUUGAUUACCUGCCUGGGCAUGUACGACUGGUCCCUGGCUAACAAAUGUGUCCUCCACAUGUUGGUUUUUGGAGCCACGAUUUUCAGUUCCGGUUCUGAACAGCGUUUCAAGUACCUUAAGAAGAUCUAUAACAUGGAGAUUUUUGGCUGUUUUGCUCUGACUGAGCUGAGUCAUGGGAGUAACACCAAGGCCAUGCGAACCACAGCUCACUACGAUCCUGCCACCCAGGAGUUCAUCUUACAGUCCCCGGAUUUCGAGGCUGCCAAAUUUUGGGUAGGCAACAUGGGCAAGACAGCGACGCACGCGGUGGUGUUUGCUCAGUUGCACAUGCCAGAUGGCCAGUGUCACGGGCUGCAUUCCUUCCUGGUGCAGAUUCGGGACCCGAAGACCCUGCUCCCCAUGCCAGGGGUGCUGGUCGGCGACAUAGGGAAGAAGCUGGGGCAGAAUGGCCUGGAUAAUGGAUUUGCCAUGUUCCACAAAGUUCGAAUUCCUCGACAGAACCUCCUGGACUGGACUGGGAAUGUCACCUCCGAGGGCACUUAUAGCACCCCCUUUAAGGAUGUCCGGCAGCGUUUCGGAGCAACCUUGGGCAGUCUGUCCUCAGGACGCAUCUCCAUUAUUGGCAUGUCCGUGGUCAACCUGAAGCUGGCAGUGUCCAUAGCGAUCCGAUUCUCAGCCACACGGUGUCAGUUUGGACCCACAGAUGAGGAAGAAAUUCCUGUCCUUGAAUAUCCACUGCAGCAAUGGCGCCUACUUCCAUAUCUGGCAGCUGCCUAUGCCUUGGACCACUUCUCUAAGACACUCUUCUUGGACCUGAUAGGGCUACAGUAUGGCCUGCUCGAGGGAAACCACAGUGCCAGGCAGGCGGAGCUUGGACGUGAGAUCCAUGCCCUGGCAUCAGCUGGCAAGCCCCUAGCCUCCUGGACAGCCCAACAGGGGAUCCAGGAGUGCCGCGAGGCGUGUGGGGGACACGGCUAUCUGGCCGUGAAUCGGCUUGGUGACCUCAGAGAUGACAACGAUCCAAACUGCACCUAUGAAGGUGACAACAACGUCCUGCUGCAACAGACCAGCAAUUACCUGCUCAGCUUCCUGGAGCGCCGGCUCCAAGUCACAGAAGUGUGUGCUCUAGACGGAGCUGCCUUCACAAGCCCUCUCAAGACAGUGGACUUUCUGGAAGCCUAUCCUGGAAUCUUGGACCAGAAGUUCAUGGGCUCCAGCCAAGCUGACUGGCUGGACUCAGCAGCCCCCCUGGCAGCAUACCGCUGGCUUGUCUGCUACCUGCUCCAAGGGAGUCAUCAGAAAUUCUGUCAAGAGAAAAAGUCCAGAGGCAGCGACUUUGAAGCAAGAAACAACAGCCAGGUGUACUAUUGCCGGCCCCUGGCCCUGGCCUUCCUAGAGCUCACUGUGGUGCAGCGAUUCCACACGCACACACACAGCUCCAGCGUGCCUCCAUCUCUGCAGGCCGUGCUUAGGCGGCUCAGCAUGCUGUACAGCCUCUGGUCCCUGAGCCGGCAUAUGGCCCUGCUCUACCGAGGUGGCUACAUUUCUGGAGAACCAGCAGGAAGAGCGAUGGAGGACGCCAUCUUGGCACUGUGUGAGCAGCUGAAAGAUGAUGCGGUGGCUCUGGUGGACGUGAUCGCCCCUUCGGACUUUGUUCUGGGCUCCCCGAUUGGCAGAGCUGAUGGUGAGCUCUAUAAAAACCUGUGGGCAGCUGUCCUGCAGCAGGAUGGUGUGUUGGAGCGUGCCACCUGGUGGCCUGAGUUCACUACCAACAAACCCUUGGCCAGCAGGCUGAAGUCCCAGCUGUAGACAUGGUGGGAGAGGCGGCCACAGCAGAAGCAGCUGAUCCAGAGGCUUGGACCCAGGACACCAAGAUACCCACUCUGAAAACCACGCACACCAUGCCUCUUCCUGGUCCCUAGUCAACCUGUCAUCCCUAACUUCAAAUGGGGACAGGUCAUGUCUCUUGUGCAGGGUCAGGGAGUUUGCACAGUGUGUCUCCCUGAGGGUCUUGGGAUUUUAGUGAAGGAUUUUACCCAUGCUCUCUUGGGAUACAGGUAGGAAGGAAAAAUCGGGGCUCACAAUGAAGGCUUCUGCUCAGGGGAACUUUGGGGUCCAUGGGAGAUUUUUGCAAAGCUCUAUUCUCUA